AUGGCACAAGCUCCGCCCCGCAGGUCAACUCGCACCACCCACGCCCGCAACACCAGCACCAGCACCAGGGCUGAGCCCCAGCCACCAUUGCCUCAAGGGCCUCUGAUGCACCACCGCAAGAACCAGUCCGCUGUCAGUGUGACAGAAGAGGUCGAGCAAGGUUUGAGCCUGGACAAGAGCCGCAAGCUCACGGCACCCCAGCCCAAGGCACCAACAUCCCGGUUGAAGUCAACAGCAGCACCGAAGGCACCGGCAUCUCAGGCAAAGCCGACAACUGUGCCCAAGGCCCCGACCAAGCCAAUGUCGACAGCAAAAGCCAGGACAACCAAGGCAGCAGCUCAGCCCAAGCCUGCUCCCCAGCCUCGGGAGCUCCCUGAGCUCACUCCACGUGUUGCGGAGAUCGAGGCGAAGAUGGCCAAUGCCCAAGUGCCGAAAGGAAAGCCGAAGCCUAAACUGAAAAAGGUACCCUCAGUUCCCGAAACACCUGACAGCGUGCCAGACGCACCAGUAGAGCCGGCUCUCCUGACAAGGCCAACAGCAGUGUCGGCAGCUGCUGCGAAGCGGCUGGGUCAGAAGGUUAUAGACCGCAACAUGGAGAGGGAGGAAGAGAAUGACAGGCACAGAGAUGUUGAGGAAGACUCCAGCGAGAAGGAAUUCCAUCAAGACGAAGUCGAGAACGGCACUGGUGACAAACUCUCACGCAUCUAUUAUUACCAACACCUGUUGAUCAACGACCACCACGACCUCAUGCUCCUCUCCCUCACCGAAUCAACUCUUUAUUGGCGCGAUAUGGCCCUCGCUAUCUAUAGUGGCCCGGCUACUUUUGACGACUUCCGCCCUCGCAUCAAUACCUGGAAGGCCAACAUCCCACGGAGUGCUAGCACCUCAAUCACCUCACGCACCAAGUCCAGCGCCAGCCGAAGAAGUGUCAUCACAAAAGCUUCAUCAUUCACCACUAUUUCCUCCCGGGCGUCCACCCCCCAUGUGUCUGCAAAAGGCGUGCCAGCAAGUGCGGGCUCUUCCCGUGAACUGUGUCAUGGGAUCCGUGACGAGGACGAUACCGAAGACGUUGAGCGUGAGGGGGCAUCCAUGUGGAACAUUGACGGCAAAGGAGUCAAGUCAGCGGUUUCUAUAGAGCGCCCCGCCUCAAACUCGACUUCUACCCCGCUUGGACCGCCAUACACUCAAAUCCCUUGCACAUCGCCCGAAGUUCAGGAAUCACGCAAGAGGUCUCGUCCCGAUGAUACCCACUCUGACUCAGAAUUAUCCGAGCAAGAACAUCCCUACGAACCAGCUGAGUACAAUGAUACCAACCCCGAGGCCGAUUACGACGAGACUCACCCUAAUGCGAACUAUAACGAGGCCAGUGCUGAGGCCGACUACGACGACACCAAUCCCGAGGCUGAGGACGCUGGAGCCGACCCCACAGCUAGCAGCCAUGUAGACGGCGACGACCUCGCUGUCGGGAUGGAUGUCUCCACCAAUGUGGAUGGCCUGGAAGCGUCUCCCGAUGGCCACCCUGAUGACGAGACCAUGGAUCAAGCGGCUGAAGAUGUCCAAGAUGGCGAGGAGGCAGUGGAGCAGGACCAUGGUGUGGAUGAGGGAGACGAUGGCAACCAGGGUGAUGCACACGCUGCCGAUGGCACUGAGCAACCUGGUGUGGUCAACGAGGAUGGCAGCACCGAGGAGGGUGAGCAAGGCGAGACACUUGUCCCUGCCUUUGGGCAAAAGCGUACCACAGCUUCGAUGCAUGCCAAGGCCUCGACUCCUAGCCUCCAUCGCCCAAGUAAGCGUGCAAGGAUGGAGCGACCCGCACGGACCGGCACUCCAGCUGCAAACGGGGACAAGAAGCCUGGCAAACCCAGGGUAUCGGACUUGCCCCUCGAAUGCAGAACCUCCGACAAGCUGUUCUCAGCCACCCUCAUGCCCACAGUUUGCCUGUGGAUGGGCGAGUGCGAUCAGCCCUGGAACCCCUCGGAUGAGGUAAUCGAGGACGUCUGCGCCAAGAUUUAUCCAGUUGUUUUCGGCCGCGAAUACAGUGAUCUAGAGGAAUCGGAGCGCAGCACUCUCUUGAGUAUUGUCUGCGAACGACUUUGCGGCUGGCGGAACAACUUCGGCUCCACUGCGGUGGCUGCCCUUUUGGUUCUGAUGGGCGGGCGAGGCUUGUUCGAUGACAAGGAUCGUCGUCAAUUUUGCCAGCAGCUUCUUGUCGAGGGGGCUUUUCUUUAUGAGCGGAUUGUGGAUGGGAAGCCGAUCAACAUCUUUCAAGGUUCGUAUUUCGUCAUCGUCCUCUCGUGUCAUUUCCAGGCCAUCCAAGGCCACGUCGACGUUCCGGCAUUCAAGCGCCUCACAACUCCACAAUACCUCCCUCGCGGCGCUUUUGGACUUGCCGCUGCCGCUUGCGUUCGCGCGAUCAACAUGGUCAUUCAAGGCAAGAUGGGCGAUAUCAACAAGUCCCUCAACGGCAUUGUUCAGGCCGGAUGCUCUCCCGAAAGCGGAUGGGAUGGAGUGUGCAAGGCCAAGCGGCUCAUCAGCGCCGCGAAUCGCAAGCCGAGGGUUGAGAAGAAACGCAGCUCAAAGAAGGUCAAGUCCACCCCCGAGUUCCCUCCGCCGCCGCCGUUUUCCGAGGCCAACUACGGCAGCAUCACGAAGGACCUUUACGAGAGCGCAAUGCGCGAGAAAGCCCAGCUUCACGUCGUCGCUUCUUGGGAUCGCGCUAUCGAACACAUCCUCAGCUCCGGCACUGCUGAGGAUGACGCGGCGGAGGAGAGCGCGGAUGACUCCAAUGACAAGGCCCGUCGGAGUAUGUUCUUCUACUUGCCUCUUCAGUCACCUCCCUCUGUCCCAGUCUCUUCUAGGCUUGUCGACGACCCCCACUCGCAGUCCAGCACUCCAGACAAGCUCCUCAUGAACGCAGCCGACAAUCUUGAGGCACGGGGUGUAUUACAUAAGCGCAACCGACUUCAAAUUGACGAGCUUCUUACCAUGAGCAAGAUCACUGACGACGAGAUUUUUGAGGCUGAGGUGAAGGCAUGGGAGGCGCGGGACAAUAUGGAGAGUACAGGGACAGAUGCCGUUGACGACGAAGGUGAUGUUAUCGAGGAGCUGCCUGGGCUCGAGAGGUCCUUCAAGUCUCGGGUCUGA